UUCUUUUCGACUCAUUUUCAUCCUGCAGGUUACAGUUUAUAUUAACCGAUUUCCAAAAUGGCGUCGCUGAUGGAUUCCAGGAAGAAGAUUGGUCUGGUGGGGUCAUUCGUCACCAUGAGCUUCGGCCUGACAGGAACAAUAGGGAUGGCAGUGGACAAUGAUAUUUCAGUUAUAGGGUCAUUUACAAACGAGUCCUGUGCUCUUCAGUCAUCCUUUGGGUUGAUAGCCUGUGGUGCUAUUGCACAAACGUUUUUAUUCUUCAUUCUGGCAAUGAAGAAAUGCUGCGGGCAAAAGAAGGCAGAUUGGUUCCAUAUUUCUGUUGUGGGAAAUUUCAUUGGAACCUUGGGAUUUUUGAUGGGAACAGUGGUGUAUGGCGCGCUAGUGACGUCACGGAUUUAUUGGUACUUCUGGUUCUGCGUGUUUGCUUGCAUCACUUCCGCUGGCCUACUGAUGUUUUGGAUUGCGACACAGAUGUUCAGACGUUACUUAAAAGUCGCUUAUCCAGACGAUAUCAUGGUUAAUGAAUAGA